AUGGUUUCGAUGUAUGACCUAGAAUCUUCUCGGCACGCGGGAUCGUCGAAUUUCGACAUCAAAAGUACUGAGAAACUGCUACCGAGCCAGAAGAUUCAGACACCACGAAGCCGGGUUGCUGAGAUAGGCAACCGGUAUCUUUCCUUCCUGGGCCUCAUCGCUCCCACAAUUAUUAGCAGUCUUCUUCUAGCUGCAGACCAACGUCAUCUUUCCAUCUCUGGCGGUGCUUUCUACGACUCCAUUAUUCGGAAUCGAGCUUCAGUGCAAAUUGAAGUUCAUAUUCUUGCUGGUGGACUUGGUUUGAUUCAAAUGGCAGCGAUUUGGCGUCUCUGCAAUUAUGCCACUCGGUUACGACUAGUACAACGGUCAAUCCCCCGGGAUUUGUUGAACUUCUGGAACGGGUUCAGCUUGUCUUCAAAACGUUGGGAGUUGUGCUUUGCUCAAUUUCUUCUUGUGAUGCUCUUUGCCUUUGCAUGUGCAGUCCCAUGCCCAUUAUGGGCAGGUGCGAUAACUCCCGUGGAUACCCACUCUUCUCGACCGGCAUCAAUCCUGCUUCCUCAGUACUCGAACAUGUCUUCAGUACGUGAGUGGCCAUCAGAGAUCAAUUCCUCGGGGCCCACUCUACGAAGCGACAGAGGAUUUUUCACUUACUCACCAGCCAUGGCAUAUCAAGGCCUUCUUUCACAAUCUAUUUCUACAGCAACGACCAUGGAUGGAUCUCCACGUCAACAUGCUAAGUAUGAUAAUUCAAAGUUUAUGUAUGUCGGCCGCUCGUUUGGUAUUGGGGCGUCAGUUGGACUCUCAGAUGAUUACAUUUUCGAUACUUCCAUUGUCACCGGCUAUACAUUCCAAGAAAUUGGUUAUUCAGCCGAGACUAGUUGUAUCUAUAACCAAAGUUCCGAUUUCAAAUUGGUGAACGAUGGGUUACAAUUGUUUGCCGCUCGAGGCUUUCUACCUGAUAGCACAUCUAGUGAAUUCUCUGUUUACCUGGGACAUAAGUCGAAUUCCAUCGUUGCUUUUGGAGUUGCUGCGGAUAAUACAGGUUACAAUCCGAGGUACCUUGGAAUUGCAGCAGGAAGUGAUUAUGGAAAUCUCAACAAGGCUCAAUGCAGAACUGAAUUCAAACCAACACUGUUCGAUGUCUCCGUUGUGCUUUCAGAUAAAACCAUCACCGUCACACCAACAAACAUACCUGCGAUUGACAUCGAACCUUCAGGAAAUCUCACGCAUGUUCUUGAAAGACAAUUCGAGCUUUCCUCCAAUGAUAUGUCAAAUAUCUAUCAAAGUGUCAUAGGAAACGCGCUCAACUUCAGCAUUGCGGAUUAUCGUACCUACGUCAACAGCCCACAUUAUACCGGCAGCCCACCACGUGAGCAAGAUAUCAAUCUUGCAGGAAUUCAAAACUCGGUGACGGCAAUGAUAGAUGAUCUUCUCGUGAGCUAUGCCAGUGCACAAUUAAUGAUUGCCAAUGAUACGAAGACUGUGGAUGCUUCUGUCACCAUAGCCGCUGUUCGCCUUGGUCAGCCUGUCUAUAUUUACUUGGUGUUUGGUUUCAAUCUGUUGCUUGUACUUGGAGCCACCACAUAUCGUCCCGAAGAAGCAGAAGAAGUUGAUCAUGAUUCGUGGCAAAAUUUUGACCCCACAAAGUUGUAG